AUGCCUGAUCUCCGCCGUCAGGUUUUGGAGAGUGGCAAGACCAUGUCUCGCAAAGCAGCCUCGAGGGAAGGCUCCGGCCGAACUUCGCGCACCAACUCCGCGAAAAACUCUCGCCAGUCAUCUCGAAAUGCAAGCAGGCAAGCUUCAGACGAUGAGGAUGCAGGCAACCUCAGCGACGAUACCGCAGUCAGCCUCGGCUCGCUUGACGAUCUCGAAAAUGCUGAUCUCGAAAAUAACAACGACAACGACGACAACGACGACAAGAACGACAACUGGACCCAGGAACUGGAUGAAGUCAUUGACGAUAUCUUGGAUCGCAAACGAAGCAGCACGUUUGGCCGCGAAGAAACUUAUGCUACCUUCUGUCGCCUCUCCAAGUUCCACUUUGUAGAAGAGUCUAUCCGGCGCCGAGUUCCCGACCUUCUAGCUGCGUUUAUCCGCAGCAUCAAAUCGGGGGCCAGUGAGCGAGAAAGCGUACUUGCCCUGCGCGCUCUGGGGCUUGUAACAAUCACCGCUUCGGACGACACCAUAUUUGACAGCGUGGAACCUCUCCUCACCCGUAUCAUUCGUGAUUCACCCUCUUCUGAAAUCAAAACAGCAGCAAUUUAUUGCUUGGGAACAUGCACUAUGUUCGGCGGUGCUGGGGAUGACGAUAUCCAGGACCAGAUGACAUUCCUUUUAGACAUAGUCGCUUCUGAUGGACAAUCUAUCGACGCACAGGGCAGCUCCACUUGCGUUUGUGCGGUACUCCAGAUAUGGGGUUUCAUGGCGACAGAAAUCGAAGAUCUUGAAAACGAAAGCGAAGACUCGAUUCAGAUAUUCAUGGAACAGUUGACCGGUAAUGACCCUAACGUGCAGAUUGCGGCUGGCCAGAACAUCGCCCUCCUAUAUGAGAAGAGCUACACGCCUCAAGAGGAUUCUGACGACGAAGACGAGGAGGAAGAUAAAGAUUAUGACAGCGAGGACGAAAAAGAGAACCUCCGCGGGCCCAAGCUGAUUAAACGGUACGACCCAUACCACAACACACCUGAGCUUGAGCGCCAGUUGCAAUCUCUCGCAACAGUGCACACAAGACGUCUGAGCAAGCGCGACAAGAAGAACCUCCACAACAACUUUGCGUCCAUAUCCACUACCGUUGCAGACCCGCGCCGCGGCCCGAUGUAUAGCUCUGCAAUCGACCACGAAACAAACCGACACUACGGCAGCAAGCUCACCGUCAAGAUCGGCCGGCAAGGCAUCAUGCAUAUCGAUCGCUGGUGGAAAUGGAUCCGUCUGAACGCACUGCGCCGUGUGCUUCAGGGUGGCUUUGCAAUCCACUAUUUCGAGGGCAAUCUUGCCGUUCUAGACAGUCUUCCCGUGGUAAUGGUUCGGGUGGAGGACGAGCCACCGGACCGUUCCGUUUUUAAGAAGGCAGCGAAGAUGCGAAACAGCCUGCGUUGGAAAGCAGCGCAUUCUGAUAGUGACUAG